CUCUCUGGGGCGAACCACUCAAGCUACCCCGCUCCUUCCGUUCGUCUCCACGAGUCAAUGAGGGCAUACCUGGUAGGAUAGGCGUACCAGAGACUUGUUACAAGCUCCAGCUUAAGAGACUCAACUCAUAUAAGCUCUCAAUUUUCAAAACAUACAAGUUUGUGGCGAUAAUUUGACAUUCGAUAUUCCAAGAUGGCGUCCUCUCUCACACUACAGUCAACUUUCAAGCUGCCCAGCGGUCAUGAGAUGCCGCUACUCGGAUUUGGUCUCUGGCAGACGCCACCUGACGAAGCUGAGAGGUGUUGCAAUGACGCACUCCGUCUAGGCUACCGACACAUCGACUCGGCCGCCUCAUACCGCAACGAAGGCGGCUGCGGCAAAGCCAUCCGAACCUCGUCCAUCCCUCGCUCAGACAUCUUCUUCACGUCCAAGGUGCGCAUCAUCACCUAUGACGGCGCCAAGGAGCAGGUGGCCAAGACGCUGGCGGAGACGGGGCUCGACUACAUCGACCUGAUGCUCCUGCACUGUCCCUACGGCGGGUCGGAAAACCGCAAGGGCGCGUGGAAGGCACUGGUCGAGGCGGUCGAGGCCGGCAAGGUCCGGUCCAUCGGCGUCAGCAACUACGGCGUGCACCACCUUGACGAACUGGAGAAGCACAUGGCUGAGCUCGAGGCCGAGAGACCCGGCGCGGGCGGCGUGCUGAGCGUCGGCCAGUACGAGAUUCACCCCUGGUGCGCACGCGACGACGUCGUCGGCUGGCUGCAGAAGCGCGGCGUGGCCGUCGAGGCCUACAGCCCGCUUGUGCGGGGCGAGCGCUGGGGCGAACCCGUCCUGAAGAAGCUCGCGGACAAGUAUGGCAAGACGGAGGCGCAGGUGCUGAUCCGCUGGAGCCUGGACCAGGGCUUUGUUCCGCUGCCCAAGAGUGUCAACGAGGAUCGCAUCAAGGCCAACACCGACGUGUAUGAUUUCCAGCUGACGGCCGAGGAGGUUAAGGAGCUGAAGACGGACGAGUACAAGCCUGUCUGUUGGGAUCCAGUCACCAGUGGCCUGGACAACUAGCCUGUCGGUUGUGGUAUCUGUUGGCCGAGAUCAUGGCAAUCGCCCAAUAAGACCAUCGAGACCAGGCGGCAAGCUGGAAAUAUGGGUUCGCGGGAUUUGAACAUGUGCAUGAACUGGAGUUUUAGUAGCAAUAGACGACCUGUAACUCUUGAUUGUCACACAGCAAUCCAGUUUGAGAGUCCUCUGGAGUUGAGGGGAGGAGCCCGUUAGAACUCUCAAGCCUGACUGGCAUGUUCUUGGCAUUUGAUACAUUUCCCGACGUGAUCUCCAUGUCUGGUGAUCCAGCCAAAGCCAAAGCGACAGUAUCAAAUCCUACAAUGUCAAUAUGUUUGAUUUGUUAUGCUCCACUGGGAGACAUUUCACCGGUGUAGUUUUUGCAAAGGUUUUUGAGCAAACCUGGGGAGAAGGUUUCAACAUGGAUUGGGGCUUCACCGUCUCUUUCGCAGUUUCACGUGAUAAUCCAUUUUGGGUUCCCCACAUCCAAUACACCUGCACGUACGUCAAGCGUCCAAGACAUCCCCACCCUUGUCCAGUUAUGGUUGCUCUUCUCAACACAAAUGCCAUCCCGUCUUCGCCUGUAGCCGUGGAUGGCACACAUUUCGAUAUGCAAUUGUUUCACGCGCAAAAUGGCAAGUAAGGUAUGACAAGGCAAUAUAUUCCUCAGCUACUCUGAAAACGUACAGCAAAACAGAAGCCAGAUAUGUAUUAAGUUCCGUCGCCAAUCCCUUCCUAUUCACAACACAUUAUCCACUAGGUAUCUAUACAAAUAUUCGUAUCAUCCAGCCGUCAUAGGCUAGUAUUCCCCAAUUUACUGGAGAGCCAUGAAUCCGGCAAUGGCGCCCAGGACGAUGGAGACGCCGAGCUCGGGCUUGGCCAGGGCGGCAGCAUUGCCGGUGGGGCUGGGAGUGGCAGAGGUCUGACCAGCGCCGUUGCUGCCACCGUUGCCGCCGUUACCACCGCUACCACCGCCGUUGGUGUUGGUGGGGGUAGGUGUGGCGGUGGCCUCGGUGACGCCAAUCAUCCUGAAGUUCUCGGUCCUGGUCUGGUUGCCGCCGGUCCAGACGACAGCGACGCUGGGCGAGCAGUUGAGGUUGUCGAGGUUAAGGCCGAGGGUGCUCAAGACGGGCGAGCAGGUGCUGCUGGCGGCCUUGACCGAGCUCCAGCUGGUCGAGGCCCACACGCUCACGUCGGACGACAGCUUGACAAAGUCGGAGCUGACCGACUCGGCCAUGGUGAAGGUGCAGUUGGAGUCCUGGAAGACCAGGCCGACGUAGGGGUUCAGGGCGGUAGGGAUGGCGGGGAAGUUGCUCUGGAGGGAGCUGAGCGACGAGCCGCAUUGGCCGAGAAGCGAGGCGAGGCUCGUCACGCUGCUGAAAGCGCUGUUGGUGGGGGUUGCGGUGGUCUGUUGACGACGCUCAACCUGGGCCAGGGCCGGUGCCUGAGUCGGCUCGGGCAUGGCCGAGGAGAGGGCGACCAAGGCCAGAGGAAGGACGGUAGUGAGCUGCAUGAUGAAUAGAGGUUUUUGAGGUUGGUUGUUGGGUGGAUCAAAAGUUAAUGAUGAAGCUCGAUGGCUGUAGAGAAGACCUUGCGAGUUGGUGAGUUGAUGAGUAGGUGAGUAGGUGAGUAGGUGAGUAGGCGAUUGCAGGCUGUGAGAGGCUUGUCUAACAAACGAAUUGCAGAAUGAACAGGCGGUUGUCAAGUCCUUUCUAUACUCUUGUGGAAUCGUCGAUCUACGAUGGCACGGAUGAUUCGGCACAUGGGACAGCAUCGGCUUUCGUCAUUGAACGGGAUCCUAUUCGCGAUGCUAUACCACACAGCCUACCAGAUACACGCACGCAGCUGAACAGCUAUGGACAAAUCGUUUGCCCAGUCUUACACACGUCAAGCAGGUUGUGCAGCAGUGGCGCUGAAAGUCAGCGCAAUUCGCCUUGUGAUUACGUCAACCAGGAUCGGCGCCAAGGCACCGUAGAACCAGCGUCAGCAAGGCACAGUGCUGUGGGUUGUGGGCGAACUCGCCCAGAGCGGCUAACCCGGAGCUUUUGCUGGGGAAGCGUUGGUAUUGGCACCAAGACACCUGCAGAUCCAUCAGCGCCCCCAGACGGCCUGGGACCGGCCUUCCGGCCGCUACUCCAUGUUUCCAACUUCC